AUGACUGAUCUCAAGAAUAUCAAGCUUCACUAUUUAUUUUUUGAAAACAAUACCUCGGUCGCGGUGAAUUUAUCCGCUUAUUGCUCCAAGAUGCUGGUGUUAAUUAAUUAUGAAUAUGUGAGACACACUAUUGAUGAAUGGAAAAGCCACAAGCAAACACUACUUGCUCAAAAUAUUUGUAACCCUACCCUGCCCUAUAUGACCAUCGAUGGCAAAUACUACGGAAAGACUGCAUCUAUUUUAAGAUUCCUUUCCCAUAAGCUUAACAAAUAUGAAGGUUCCAACGACGACGAGGUGCAGCUUUUAGAUGCUUACACGGAUAGUAUUAUGGAUUGGUCAACCCGGUGGAUGGACUCAAACUUUGAUUUCUUUAAUGAGAAAAUGAUCAAGAAAUACAACGAGGAAAUGAGUCCCCAAUUUCACAAGACAUUCGAUACUGCCCUUUCUAAUACCCCAGGUCCUUUCCUGCUGGGCGAAGCUAUCACCUAUCCUGAUUUUGCACUUUAUCAUAUCAUGGAAGAUGACACACACGUUAAAUUUGAUGUAAAGGCUCUCCCUAAUCUUGCUACUUUUGUUGAAGCUAUCCGGAACAGACCCAAUUUGAAGACCUAUCUUGCCACUGAUCGAUUGUAA